AUGAACGAUGAUAAAAUGUCUUUUGAACAAUGGAUGAAUAUUAUAUGCAAUGCUCUUGUUGUACUCAUACAAAAUGAUUUGCAUCAUUUCAAUACAAAUUUUGAACAGAAGAAAAUCUUAUUUACGUAUGAUAUCCAUGAUGUAUAUCUUGUCAAAUCAUUCUAUGAUUUAAAUCCAAUAGAAGAACAGGUUUAUUCUGCUCAACAAAUUUGGCGAUCAAAAUCAAGAGCAUGUGAGAAGGUUAUUAGUCAACAAAAGAAACGUUGGACAAGGAGUAAUCAAGUUAUGGUUAAAGGAAUAAUUCCAGGUAAUCGUUCAAUAACAAAUAUGAAACAAAAUGAAUUCGACAUUGUUGGUAAUGAUCAAAAGAAUCAAUUAUCAUUUAUGAAAUAUUUUUCUCCUUCAAUGCGUGCUAUUAUUCAAGCUCGUCUCGAUAAUAUCGAACAACGUACUCAACAAAUUAUUAAAUUUAUUCAUGCUUCGUCUCAAGAAUAA